GUCCAUUACAACUUAGCCUUCAGUGUUGCUUUGCUGUGGCUAAGUGGCUUGGAUGCUCAGACUGCACUACCAAGAGAGAAACCGAAUUUUGCAGCUCACAACCGAUACACGUAUCCCAACCGAAUUGAGAGAGAAGCUAUGAUAUUAUCUUCAUAUGCUGGAAUAUUAAUGAACAGCAUUCCUAUUGAAGAGAUCAUUGAGAUUUACAGCAUGAGGCCCUCAACAACACACAGGCAGAGUUCUGCAAAUGACCACUGGAUUCAACCUUUCAAGUUGUCCCUGCAUCCAUUUGCUAUGCUGACUGCCCCUGAAGCUGCAGAGUAUGCCUGGAAGCAAAGCAUCAAGUACCAGACAGCAGCAGCGUCUCAAAAGACCAACCCUUGUUCAGCAAGGAGAGCUAAAAAGGACAGCAAGCAACUGGACUCACUGAGCAGGGGAAAGCAACAGGUUGACAAAGGAGCUACAGAAGCAAAACAAGGAAUCUCUCCAGAGAAGCCUGGAACAUAUUCAAAAGCAAGGAAUGCAAAGGAUGCAAAGACAUAA